AUGGCACAAGAUCACGACCAAGAUUCUGCCAUGACAUCAAGAGAGUAUUUGCAGGCUUACGGAAUAGGACACGAAAUAAAUGAUCCUUCUAAGAACGACUCAUACACGUACCUUAAGAAGUUAGGGGGGAUACCCUAUACGAUCCGGAGCGUUUGUCAAGUUGAAAACAACCGUACGAAAGAGGUAUAUGCCAGCAAAGAAUGUAAGUUAUCGGUUUCUAAAUCUCUCAACAAGAAGAUGGUUAAGGCGAUCUACGAUGAAGCCAUGAUUAUCAAAAAGAUCCGACAUCACCAUAUUGUCCGAUUUUUCGCCGACGAGAACCUACAAGAAUUCCUCGAACGGGUGGGGAAAGAAAAAGUGGACAAGGGGCAUAAGAACUAUAAAGAUAUGUGCCAAUGGCCUGUAUGCCUCUUUCACGCUUUGGGUUAUCUACACGAAAGUAAAAUCUGCCACAGGGAUAUAAAACCUAGCAACAUCCUUAUCAAGGGCAAUUGUAUCCAUCUUACUGAUUUCGGAACCUCGAAGGAUUUCAGUGAGGCGACCACGUCUAUGACGGCGAGCUCAAACCCUGGAGAAACACAUCGGUAUAUGGCUCCUGAGACCUAUAAGGACAAGCUUCGUGGCAGGGCGGCAGACGUCUGGGCUUUGGGCUGUACCGUACUAGAGAUUUGCACUGUCGCCUCGGGUAAAACCAUAAAUGAUUUGGAUGGCCAUCUCAAAGGCAAGCGACCUCCAUGGUUCUGCAUAUGUUCCUAUCAUGUUUUGGCUUGGAUAUUUCUCCUCCUAGUCACCAUGGAACAACUUCACUAUUUACUAAACAAAGGUGGCUUCGAUUCUAUUGCUUCAUUGGCUUGUGACAAGUGUAAAAACCAGGAAUUGACACACGCUGCCCAGUGCAGCAUUAAAUUCAAGAAAACAGCUGAUGAGGACAUAUCCAUGAGGGACAUUACACAAACGACCGGAGCACCCUGGGAAAAGAUCAAGCAGAGGUGGCUUGAAAGUGGUUCUGAGUAG